ACGCUGCGCCGCCCGGCCCGGGACCCUCGGGCGACGCCGAGGCGGCUGCCGAGAAGGUGGAGGUGGAGCUGGCGGCGCCGGAACCGCGGCCGCCCCCCGAAGGCGGCUGGGGCUGGCUGGUGAUGUUGGCGGCGAUGUGGUGCAACGGGUCGGUGUUCGGCAUCCAGAACGCCUGCGGGGUGCUCUUCGUGUCCAUGCUGGAGACCUUCGACUCCAAGGACGACGACCAGAUGGUCUUCAAGACAGCAUGGGUGAGCUCUCUGUCCAUGGGGAUGAUUUUCCUUUGCUGCCCUAUAGUCAGCGUCUUCACAGACAUAGUUGGUUGUCGGAAAACAGCUGUUGUAGGUGCUGCUGUGGGCUUCAUUGGACUCAUGUCCAGUUCUUUUGUAAGCUCCAUCGAGCCUUUGUACCUCACCUAUGGAAUCAUAUUUGCCUGUGGCUGCUCCUUUGCAUACCAGCCCUCGCUCGUCAUUUUGGGACACUAUUUCAAGAAGCGCCUUGGACUUGUGAACGGCAUCGUCACUGCUGGCAGCAGUCUCUUCACAAUUUUGCUCCCUUUGCUUUUAAGGGUUCUGAUUGACAACACAGGCCUCUUUAAUACACUGAGGGUCCUCUGCAUCUUCAUGUUUGUUCUUAUUUUGGCUGGCUUUACUUAUCGCCCUCUUGAUUCCAAUGCCAAAGAUAAAGAGAGUGAAAGCAGCAGAUUCUCCCUCUUUUCCAGGAAAAAGUUCAGUCCUCCAAAAAAAGUUUUCAAUUUUUCCAUCUUCAAGGUGACAGCUUAUGCAGUGUGGGCAGUUGGAAUACCACUUGCACUUUUUGGAUACUUUGUGCCUUAUGUUCACUUGAUAAAACAUGUGAAUGAAACAUUUCAAGGAGAAGAAAAUAAAGAGGUGGUUCUCAUGAGCAUUGGUAUCACUUCUGGAGUUGGACGGCUUCUCUUCGGCCGGAUUGCAGAUUAUGUGCCUGGUGUGAAGAAGGUUUAUCUACAGGUACUGUCAUUUUUCUUCAUUGGUCUGAUGUCCAUGAUGAUACCGCUGUGCAAGGUCUUUGGGGCCCUUAUUGCUGUCUGUCUCAUCAUGGGUCUGUUUGAUGGAUGCUUCAUUUCUAUCAUGGCCCCUAUUGCCUUUGCGUUAGUUGGGGCCCAGGAUGUUUCCCAAGCAAUUGGAUUUCUGCUCGGACUCAUGUCUAUACCCAUGACUGUCGGCCCACCAGUUGCAGGGUUACUUCGUGACAAGCUGGGCUCCUAUAACGUGGCAUUCUACCUCGCUGGAGUCCCUCCCCUUAUUGGUGGUGCUGUACUCUGUUUUAUCCCGUGGAUCCAUAGUAAGAAGCAGAGAGAGAUCCAGAAAACCACUGAAGGAGAAAAGAUGGAGAAGAUGCUGGGGAACCAGAACUCGCUGCUUUCAAACCCGUCUGAAAUCUUCAAGAAAGAAGCUGACUCCGUUAUUUAACGUCUUGCAUACCUCCACCAGACUGGACUUGCUUUUGAAUUUUAAGCAAGUUUUCAUUUUAUAUGAAUUACAAAUUUCUUAUUUUUUUAAUCAUACACUUGGAAUAGCACAAUUGGGAAAUAGAACUUUUAUUACUACAAGAACCGUUUUCUUGCACCAAGUAGCUGUCUGAUAUUCCCAAGAGUCUGAGGGAAGAGGCUCUGUUACAGGAAAACAUGUCUGAAAGUCAAAUAUUGUGAAGAUUUGAAGCUAUCUCAUCAAAAAGCAACUUUGGAAACUGUGAAUACUAUUUAAGCUUCUAAAAUAAUUUAAAAUACCUCAAGCUAUACUGAAAGGGUUACAGUUUGGUUAGAACUGGAAAGGUUUUGUUUGUUGUCUCACAUACUGUCUUGAGUUCUGGUACCUCUGUUUUAAAUUCUUCUGCUUUUUGGAAAGCAGAAGAAUUUUGCAAAGUUCAAGCCUGUAUUCUAGAUAACAACAGAUCCACCUAAACUGCAGGACUGUGUGAACAUUGCUUUUCUGCUGCUCACUAAGCUAUGAAAUGAGGGUAUUCUGACUUGUCCAGGGGCCUUCUGGGAACAGAUGUUAGCAGCGUAUCUAGAAGUAAUGUGUGAGAUGAGGAAGAUCCUCUUCAUAAGGGCAGAGCAGUUUUCUUCCACAUAUAUUUGCUGCCUUUGGGAUUGCAGUGUGUUUUGUUCAAGAAGCCAAAACAUCCUAAACUUCUGAUUUUGUCUAAAUAAUAAAAUACAACAGAAUGCUUGAAAGCUGUUCUGGAAAUUAACUAAGAGUAUUUCUGACUUCUAGAUUCAUUAGCCCUGGUUCUUAAAAGUCUUACUAAGCAUGUUAUCAAAUAAGAAUUGAAGCGCAUACUGGAAGGAGGGGCAAUUCCCUUUUUGUGAAGAAAAUACCAUUCUGAUAUAAACAGUUGCUUAAAUUGGUUUAUGAAAUUCAUAGGUCUUAACUGGUUAAAAGUAUUUGUAAAGAAAAACAAUCCCUAUAGUUUCAAAGUUUCCUAGCAAAAACUUGCCUUUAGGUGUGCAGACCUGCAUUGCUUAAUGACAGGGGUAUUUCGCCUCGAAGCACCUCCAGGAGCCAUCUGUUCCAGAACUGUCUGAGGUAAGAACGGUGGUUGCGUGUCUCACUACUUCUGUCUUCCUGUGGUUCCGUGGCAGAGCCCUUCCAUUCUCUGUCCAGGAGGGGGUAUCUGGAAGUGUAGUUUUGGUUUGGGGCUGGCGGCCAAGGCCAGAGGAAGCGAGGCUAUGAACUGAAGGUUGGAAAUCCAGGCACUCAGUCUUCAGCUUCCUCAUCUGCCGCCUCGAAGUUCAUCAUGUAAAGCUAAGUGUGGGAUUUAUGUUAGUGGGAUUGUAGUGCCAGGGACUUUGUGCAUCCACUCAGUGAUGCAGUGUGGCGUACGCACAGCUGCCUCACGCUGCUUCUCAUAGUUCUGUAUCCAGAGUCUUUGGUAAUCUGUUUGCAGAAGGUUCUGUUGCAGGAAACAAAAAACAAACAAAAACUACACUUUGACCAUACCACUCUUUCAUGUUCUUAUUUUAAGCUUUUAAGAAAGGAUUUAGGCCGGGGAUAUAGUUCAGUGGCACAAGCGCCUGCCUGGAAAGCUCAAGGUCCUGAGUUUGAUUCCCGGUACCAAAAAAAGGGAAAGGAUUUAGACAUAAUAAUGUAGGACACUCUGUAGUCCUUUACUGAUUCACCUCCAGUUGUCUAAAACAUUACUUUGCCAUUCUUAUCAGUGCUUUUGAAAAGUUAAAAAAAAAAAAAAA